AUGUCUAACUCCACCAUCAACUUCUACACCGUGCCGCAGGCCGUCAGCUUCUCUGACAUUAUUGUCAUUGUGACAUAUUUUCUUCUGAAUCUUGCAGUCGGUAUCUGGUCUUCAUGCAGGGUGAGCAGGAACACUCUGAGUGGAUAUUUCUUGGCUGGCAGAGACAUGGCCUGGUGGCUGAUUGGUUCAUCUCUCUUUGCCAGCUCAGAGGGUUCUGGUCUGUUUAUCGGUCUGGCUGGGACCGGAGCUGCUGGCGGCAUCGCCGUCGCAGGAUUUGAAUGGAACGCCACCUAUGUGCUGCUGCUUCUGGCCUGGAUCUUUGUGCCGGUCUACAUCUCCUCAGGGAUCGUCACAAUGCCAGAGUAUCUGGGGCGUCGCUUUGGAGGUGAGAGGAUCCGAACUUACCUGGCUGUCCUCUCACUGCUGCUCUCCGUCUUCACAAAGAUAUCGACUGACUUGUACUCUGGAGCUUUGUUUGUUCAAGUGUGCCUGGGAUGGAACCAGUACCUGUCCACGGUCCUCAUGCUGGUCGUCACUGCCCUCUACACUAUUGCAGGUGGUCUCGCUGCUGUUAUCUACACAGACACUUUACAGACAUUCAUCAUGUUUGUAGGCGCCAUCAUCCUAACCAUCACAGCUUUCAAUGAAAUUGGUGGCUAUGGAAAUUUGGAGAAAGUCUACAGCAAAGCAGUUCCCAGUAAGAUUGUCCCAAACACCACCUGCCACCUGCCGAGGGCCGACGCCAUGCACCUGUUCAGAGAUGCCGUCUCCGGAGACCUGCCCUGGCCUGGCAUGACUCUGGGCCUUACCAUAGUGGCCACCUGGUACUGGUGCACUGACCAGGUUAUCGUACAACGAUCUCUUUCUGCUAAGAACAUGAGUCACGUCAAGGGAGCAUCAAUCUUCGCUGCUUAUCUGAAGAUACUGUCUUUCAUCAUCAUCAUCCUCCCCGGCAUGAUCAGCCGAGCCUUAUAUCCAGACUCUGUGGGGUGUGUGGACCCAGAGGACUGUGUGAAAAUCUGUGGAGCCGAGGUGGGAUGUACCAAUAUUGCUUUCCCUAAACUGGUCAUUGAACUCAUGCCAAGUGGUUUGAGGGGACUGAUGAUAGCUGUGAUGAUGGCCGCUCUGAUGUCUUCACUGACCUCCAUCUUCAACAGCAGCUCCACCAUCUUUACCAUGGACAUCUGGAAGAAACAUCGACCACGAGCCUCUGAGAGGGAGCUGCUGUUGGUCGGCAGGAUUGUCACGGUGAUUUUGGUGGUGGUGAGCGUGGUGUGGAUCCCCAUCCUCCAGUCAGCCAACAGCGGGCAGCUGUACGACUAUAUCCAAUCAGUGACGAGCUGCCUGGCGCCGCCCGUCACAGCUGUCUUCACGCUGGCAGUGUUUUGGAAGAGGACCAAUGAGCAGGGUGCGUUCUGGGGCCUGAUGGUGGGUUUGGUGGGAGGCGUGUGUCGGAUGGUUUUGGAGUUCAUCUACCCCUCUCCUGGAUGUGGCGUCGUGGAUACAGCACCUGCGGUGUUACGUGGCGUGCACUACCUCCACUUCGCCAUUCUGCUUUGCGGGCUCACUGCCGGCGUGGUUGCUGUAAUCUCACUGCUCACACCGCCGCCCAGCCACGAACAGAUGUGUAACCUGACCUGGUGGACAAUAACUGAAGAGCGACAAAGAGAUAUUCCUCUGCAGAAAGUGUCCCCUGUCAGCCACCGUAGCACUCAUGGCUCGGAGCCAACACGCCGCGUAACGUGCGGCCAGGGGGCAGGACUGUGCGUUGCUGGAUUGUCGUGCUCGGAUCAGACUCCCGCUCCUAAAGUUCCCAGCAUUCGUGAGAGCGUGUUCUGGUCCAGGUUCUGCUGUGCCAACGCCCUCCUGCUGGUCAGCGUGAACAUUUUUCUGUACGCUUACUUUGCUUGAAUGAAUGGUCAGACG